AUGUCUAUCACUCACAUUGUUCUUUUCCAGUUCAAAGCGGAUGUCAGCAAUGACGCCAUCAGCGAUACGAUCAACCAUAUGACUGCUUUAAAGGACAACUGUAUUCAUCCGCAGUCGCAAAACCCCUAUAUUAGGUCGUUAUCAGGCGGCUUGGACAAUUCAAAAGAAGGCAUCCAGCAUGGCAUUACACAUGUUUUUGUAGCUGAGUUCGCCAGUGCCGAGGAUCGAGAUUACUAUGUUAAUGAGGAUCCUGCCCAUUUGGCCUUCGUUAAGAGUGUAGGCGGGAUUGCUGAGAAGGUUCAAGUUAUUGACUUCACUGAUGGGGUUUUUUGA